AUGACGGCACAAUUUCCAACCAGGCAGAUUGCCAAGCUCUCUGGCCACAAUGGACCUGUCCAUGCCGUGACUUAUAGCGCAGGCGUUGGCCAAUAUAUCCUCACGGGCAGUUCCGACCGCACGAUCCGGCUGUUCAACGCAGCGCGUGGAGGACUGGUACAGAAGUACGAGGCGCACGGCUACGAAGUGCUCGAUAUCGCCGUCGCGGACGACAACGCGCGGUUCGCGAGCGUGGGCGGCGACAAGGCCGUCUUCCUGUGGGACGUCGCGACGGCGACGACGCUGCGCCGGCUCAGCGGGCACAGCGGCAAGUGCAAUGCCGUCGCCUUUGCCGCGCAGGGCGACGUUUUGGUCAGCGGGAGCUUCGAUGCCACGGUCAAGCUUUGGGACCUCAAGAGCCAGUCGCACAAGCCGCUCAUGACGCUAUCGGAGGCUAAGGAUAGCAUCUCGUCGAUCUGCGUCUGGGGACACGAGAUCUUCACCGGGUGCGUAGACGGGAGGGUCAGGACGUACGAUAUCCGGAUGGGGCAGGUGUUCGUGGAUCUUAUUGGACAUCCCGUCACGUCUAUCACGACUACUAGGGAUGCCGACUCGAUCUUGACUAGCACGCUCGACUCGACGAUACGUCUGAUGGACAGGUCUAACGGCAAGUUGCUGCAGUCUUACAAAGCACCUGAGUACGUAAAUAAAGAGUACCGCAUCCGCUCAACUCUUGGUCUCAAAGACAACGUCGUCGUCGCCGGUAGUGAAGAUGGUAGCAUUUUUGCCUGGGACGUGGUCUCGGGCACUACCCUGCAUCAGCUUCGGCAUGGGGAGGCUAAAGGCACAUCCAAGAAAGACGUCGUCAGCGCCGUAGCGUUCUGUCCAAGAAGAAACGAGUUCGCCAGCGCCGGUGGUGACGGGAAUGUGGUGGUCUGGGGAGUUUAG